AAAUUUAUUCUUAUCUUACAGAAAAUGAGAAUUAAGGGGACGCUUCUUGUUAUCUUCUCUCUAGACAUUGUUGGAUCAUCCUUUGCUAUUGUGUGCUACGCUGGGCGAGGCUUCGAUGUGGCAGUGAAUUCCCUACAGUGGGGAUUACCAGUGGCCGAUCCCUGCCGGUGCACCGCCGUACGGCUAGGCGGGGAAAUUACCACCGCGGCCCCGGCGUUCUCACCGCUCUCUCGCGGUGGGGACCUGCUUCUCUCGGAGGACGCCGAAGAGAUUUGGUCCUUCUUUAACUGCACAGCUCGUUUCUGUGCCACUCUGCCGGGGUCGGAGCAUUGGCAGUCCUUCGGUCUCAGUUGCUACCUGAUUAUCAACCUGAGGUUCGCAUAUCUUGAGGCCGAGAAGUACUGCGGCAAUCUUGCCACCCAGGGGAAAUCGACCCACCUGGCGUCGGUCCACAGCGCCGAGGAGAACGCCUUUCUGCGGCGGUACCACGCGGCAGUAUUCCAGUCGACCAGCAACAUCGCCCUAUGGAUCGGGUACGAUCGGCUCGCUUCGGGGGACACCUACCGGUGGCUGGAUGGGUCAGUAGGGAGCGGGUUCGAAGAUUGGAAACCGCCAAUGGAGCCAUCUAGGGGGGCAGAAAAGUGCACCGUGUUAUGGUAUGGUAACCACUGGAAUGACUGGCCAUGUUACAAUACUGCCCCUUUUGUUUGUAAGAUGCCUGCUUAUUAGUGGGUUUUCUUGUUUUCAAUUGGGCAAGGACUUUCACUCGAGGUUUAUUUGAAUAAAAAAUUAGACAAAUAAACUUAUGACAGUAAACAUUUUUCAAGUUAGCAUCCGUGUGAUUUUCAUCUUUUUCGAUUCUUUUUCCUAACGAAUAUUAGCCACUGGACAUGUAUGCACAUUAUAUUCACAAUAUUUAGGUUUAUCUAUGCACACUAAUGACUUUUUAUUUUGUGUACAUAAUGUAUGGGAUGCUGCCUGCAUUGAGCAUAUAGCAAAACGUGCACGAAAGAAGUAAAACAGUACUCACUAAAAUGUAGGAUACAUUUAUACAUUAUAGACGUACAUGUAUAACACAAAACAAACGAACACCGUCCCUUAAUGUUUGCUAUAAUUAUGACCAGCAUGUUCUAAAGUAUGCAGCAAACGUAAAAUGCAGUCCAUUAGACC